UACCACUCUCCCUCUUUUUUAUCUUUGCUUCCAUGCAUGGAUUUCUCCUCCAAGUGGAGAGAAGAGAGAGAGAGAAAUCAACGCUCAUUAACUCUAAUUCUUUUUUUUCUCCACUCUUGCCUUGUUCAUCACCAUCAUUGGCAACCAAGAUUUGGAAUUUCGUUGAAACUCAUGGAACCACUCUUUCUUUCUCUCUGCAGUCAGUGCAAAAAGGUAGCGUGAUGCAGCUUUUGCGCAGUUUCGCCUCAAUGAUCUGAUCUGGGUCGCGCUAGUUUUACUUUUCUUCUCUUCUGAUUCGCGUAAGCGAGAUCGAUGAAUUCAGCAUUCUUGGACACUCUCUGAUUCAACUUUCAACCUCCGAACAACCCUUUUGCCUCUCUGAUCCGUGUCGGAAUUCAAUGGAGGGAGAUCAAAUUCAAGAAUUCAAACACGCGUGCAAGUUCUGCGGCAAGAGCUUCCCUUGUGGCAGAUCCUUGGGGGGUCACAUGAGGUCUCAUAUCACCAACUUGUCACACGAGGAAAACGAGAAAGAGAAACUUCCAACGAGGAAGCUUUCUUCUUCUCUCAACAAAGACAAAGACACAGAUUCUGAAGCUGCAGCCAACGCUGCCUAUGGUCUCAGAGAGAAGCCAAAGAAGACAUGGAGAAUCUCAGAUUACUCAAGCGAAGAGGCUUUGGUGUAUGACAAGUUCUGCAAAGAGUGUGGCAAAGGGUUCCGCUCUUGGAAGGCUUUGUUUGGUCACAUGAAAUGCCACUCAGAGAAAGAAAGAGUUUCUAACAGCUUGGAAGAUCAAGAUUCUUGGACUAAUGCUAAUUCUAGCCACAAGGUGGUUAUGGAUAGCCAAUCUGACAACGAAGGAACUGCUCCAAAUAAGAGAAGAAGGUCCAAGAGAAGAACAAGGUACACGGUUGCUGCUACAACUUCUUCGGUUGUGUCUUUUGCCAAUCCUUCGUCUUCUCUCUCUGAGGUUGAGCAAGAGCAAGAAGAGGUUGCUAUGAGCUUGAUGAUGCUUAGUAGGGAUGUGAGUCCUUGGAGUGGUCCUCAUUCUGUUGCUGAGUCUUCUGACAAUAACUCUGCUUACUUCGAAGCUCGAUCUUCAGUUCGAACUAAUUUGGUUACCAAAUUUGAUGGCAAGAAGAGCUUCACUCCUAACAUAGGAAAACUCAUCAAGCAAAGUGAUGAUAAUAACAAGUGGCAGGCUGGCAAUUUUGCUUCUGAAAAUCCCAACUCAACUGGAGGGAAGAGUUCACAACUUUUGACUACUGCUGAUACUACCGCUGCUGCUACGCAAAUUCUUGGAAAUGGAUUUAGAGUGAACAAAAGUGGAGUUUCCAAUAAAGAGUAUGAAAAGGGAAACAAGUCUGAGCUUGAGUAUGUGUCUGCAUUGGAGGAUUCUGAAGUUGAACAUGGGAGGAGCAGAGUCAAUGGAACAGAAUCAGUUUUUUCAAAGUCAGCUACUACUGGCAACAAGUACAGUUCAAUCAAGACAAAGUUCCUCGGUUCUGAAUUGAAGUCAAGUAAGAAUUGGGUGGACAAGGCUUGUGAAGCUGAAUCUAGCAAGAACUCUAAUAAGAGAGGCAAGUUUGAGUGUACCACUUGCAACAAAAUCUUCCACUCAUACCAAGCUCUUGGAGGCCAUAGAGCUAGCCACAAGAAGAUCAAAGGCUGCUUUGCUUCAAGAAAUGAGAGUAGUGAAAACAGCAUUGAAACUGAUCUCUCUCCUAGUCCAACCACUGAAAACAAGCUCAUAAAAAACAGUGACAAUGAGUAUCUAAUGGAAAAUGAACAUGGAGCUGGCUUUCACAAUCAGAUGGGAACAGUAACUGAGUCCAAGAAGAGCAAGGGGCAUGAGUGUCCAAUUUGCCUCAAGGUUUUUGCAUCUGGCCAAGCCUUAGGUGGCCAUAAGAGAUCUCACAUGACUGGUGUGUCUGAAAGUAGAAGCUUUCAAAUUCAGGAACCAGUGCAAGAAAUUAGGGACUUCCUUGAUCUUAAUCUUCCUGCUGCUACUGAAGAAGAGAGUAAUAGCCAUGCUGACUCUAACAGACCCUGGUGGAUAGUAGAAGACAACCACAAGCAGGAGGCACUGGUAGGCAUGAUCUCAUAGCCAAAACUCAGAGUGAAGAUUUAGAUUGUAUAGAAAUAUUUCUGCAUUCAUUUCAUUAAUUCUUUACAGGAUAUGUGUCUUCUUCUGUUUUGCUCAGAUUUUACAACUAGUUCAUAGCAUUAGAUGAACUUUCUAUAUGUUCUCUUCCUAUUUUCUUUUUUCCGGGUGCUAUUACAUGUUAUUACUUUGUUCAUAGAACAAUUUUCAUUUCUUUGAAAGUCCAGGAAUUGUAGCAGAUAUCUGUGGUACUGUUUGUUUUCACACACUUGAAUUUUACGGGUGUACUUAAUUGUAUAAUCAUAAACUCCAAAGGUGACAUGUUUGUGGGGUAAUUAUUUUUCUUUGCAUCAAAGAGAAAUGAAUGAGGUGUUGAAAAA